AUGGCGGGGGCAGCUGCCUCUGCCGUGCUGGGCCGCGGGUCGGCCGCGUGGGUGCACUACGGCGCUGGCGAGCACCGCGCGAGGCUCGUCGGCUCCCUCGUCGAGAACGACGAGUACGCGGUCGUGUCGCCCGACUUCGACGUCUACGUGGAGCAGUUGAGCCUCGACAGCGGCGACUUGGGGGGGAUCCGCUUCUCGGCUUCGGUCGACGCGCGGCCGCGAGGGGCCCCCGCCCCUGGCAACGUGCUCUACACCUUCGCGGCGCCCACGCCCGCCGAGGUCAACGAGCUGCUGGCGGAGGCAGACCAGGUGUGCAACCUGGAGCGGGCCCACCGUGGGCCCCCGCUGUUGGGCGAGGCGGCUCGAGCGCCAGGAGGCGCCGCCGCGGUGGCGACGCCCAUGCCCGCCGUGGCCCCUGCGCCUGGGGCCCCCCGCCUCGCCCCCGCAGGCGGUGCGUGGGUCCUCGCGGAGCCGCUCGUGGGCCACGACAUCGGCGAGGAGUUCACGCUGCCUGCAGGGGCUGCGGCGCAGGGGACCCGCGCCCUCGCGGUGAUCGAUGGGGGCGUCGCCGCGCUCGAGCAGUCGGCCGAGGGCGCCGACAUCGCUCGCUGGGCCCUGGCGCGCCGCAACUUCCUCUGCGACGACCCGAGGAUCCUGGCGCGGUCCCCGACGGAGCGGACCCUGGCCGACGCCGGGCCCGCCAUCGGAGCCGAGUGGGUCGACUCGGUGGUCAGGGAUGGCGCGACCAGUCUGAUCGACCGCGCCGGCAAGUGGCGGCGUGGGGGCGGGGUCAAGACCCACAGCUCGACCGCCCACGAGCACGCGAUCCCCCACAGGGCCGUGCAGCUCCUGGCGACGGUGGACGGGCUCAACGCGAUGAACCUCGUCGGCGUCGAGCUCCUCCUGAGGCGGAUCACCUUGCACGAGGAGGCCGUGGCUGAGAACCCCGAGGCGCCGAGCUACGAGGGGUCGGACCACUACCUGGGGAUCAGCGAGCGCUCGGGAGGAGCCCAGAUGGCGCCUUCGCUUCGGGCUCAUGUCGCAACCGAGCUCAGCAAGGAGACAGCGAAUCUGAGGGAGGAGCGGAAGGCGCGGGAGGCCAGGGCUGCAGGCGUCGCGGUGGCGAAGGCCAAGGCAGACCCUUCGGCCUCCGCCAAGUCUGGCCUCGCCGACGGCAAGAAGCAGCAGGGGAUCGGUGUGGCCGCGGUCUCUUUCCCCUUCCUGACGCUCCUCGUGCCCAGCGCCCUGGUGCCGGAGGCGGUCGACGGCCUGAACUUGCUCUUCGGGUGCGACCCGCAGGAGCUGUCGGCGCCGACGCAGCGUGACGGGACUGAGGCUCUGCAUGCCGAGUUGCUCCGUGAGGCUGGGUUCGGCCAGGACCUGAUAAUGUCGAAUGCUUGGCCUGCCCCUCCGUUGUCCGACGAUCCAGUUGCCCUUCCCUACUGCGACAACCUAACUGUCUUCGGGAUGUCCAGGGACCGCGUCGAUCAGCGACUUUGUGAGCUCAUCGGGGUGUUCGAGGGGAAGGGCUUCGUGCUUCGCGAGAUCUCCUGGGCCUCAACAUCUUCGGAUAUCCUGGGCACCGCCUUCGACGGGCUGCGACGGACGGUCCGCGCGAGGGUUCUGGAGCGCCUCCUGGGCCACUACGUCGUCGAGGGCCUCAGCCAGCGACCCGCGCUGUCGGUUCUGCGGGCCUCCGACGUCUUCAUUCGGGACUGCUACUGGACCCCGAGGCCCCUGUGGGACUCCGUCUGCCGUGAGAUCCUGGUCUGCUCCAGCCUGGUUCCGAAGGCCGCGAUCCUGGGGCGUUCCUGGGAGUGCUGGAGGGCUGGGAGGUACAGGUUCGAGGAGCCGAUCGGCAACAAGGAAGGUAGGGCCGUCAUCAAAGGUAUGAGUCGCAAACUUCGGGGCCCCUGCCAGCACCACAAGAGGCGCCUCGUCCUUGUCGACAACGUCGGCGUAGCCUUUUGUUUCUCAAGGGGGCGCGCGGCCUCCUUCGGGUUCCUGCCGCUGGUCCGCCGCCUGGCUGCCCUCUCGAUUGCGACGGGCGCAUGGGUGGCGCUCCGCUGGGUUCCGAGCGAAUGCAACCCCGCCGACGAGCCGUCCCGCCUCUUCGAGGAGCUCGGGGAGGCGCGGGCGGCGCUGUAUGAAGCGCCUGCGGCGGGAGCAGAACUUGGCGGCCUGUCAAGCAGCCGCCGAGCCACCGACUUCCUGCGGAGCCGCUGGGGCCCGACAGGAGGGAAGGGCGGGGGUCUCAGCGCCUGCGAGCUCGCGACGGUCGGCGCCAAGGGCUCGGCCGCCUACCAGCACUUCGAGAACCUGUUCCGCGAGCGGCGGCGGCGCCGAGGCAGGGCCGCCGACGACCACGACGAGAUCGAGGUGAACCUGCUCGACUACCUGGACGAGCCCCAAGCCGACAACGUGAAGCUCACGCGCGCCGAGAAGACGGUGCACGGCCCGCUGUGCAGCGCGCCCCUUGGAAAGGUACGGGAUUAUCCUCGGCUCCAACGGGCUCCCAAAGGAUACCGAAAGCGACUCCCGCCUACCAGCAGGAUGCCGUUGCCGAUCGAGGUGAAGUCGGGCAUCUGCGCCCUCCUGAUCUACGACGGUGAGCGGUCCACGGCCCUCUACGUCGAGGCCAUGUUUUCGGUGUCCUUCCGUCCCGGGGAGUUUCUUCGUGCUCAGGUGGGCGACCUGCCGUCAAAAACCCAGACCUUUGACGGCACCGUCAUCUUCGACCACCCCGAGUGGCUGGGCGAGGUGCUGGGUUCCUGGGCUGCGACCGCGGCGGACGACCGCGAGCUCUUUCCGCUGGAGGCCGCGAGGGUCGCCCGCCUCUUCAAGGCCGCUGCCGACAGGUUGGGCGUCGAGGCGCCCCUGCGCCAGCUGCGCCACGGCGGCGCCUCGGACGAUCUCCUGAAGCGGCGCCGCACCUUGAGUGAGAUUCAGCCGCGUGCCCCUCCUGGCUCCGAGGGCGGCGAGCAGCACGCCCUGCCGGCGCCCCCCACGGACCUCCUCGUGGAGUUCGACGACGUCCCCGGGCGCGCCGUUGGGGCCGUGGCCUUCCGGCCGGGCGUGCGGCGGUUCCUCGAGGCGGCCGCCCGGCGCUUCGAGGUGGUCGUCUUCACCGCGUCGCAGCAGUCUUAUGCGGACAAGGUGAUCGACGCGCUCGAUCCCUCGGGCCUCCUCGUCGCGCACCGGCUCUAUCGCGGGCACUGCACGGAGUACCGGGGCGCGUUCUUCAAGGACCUGGGGCACCUGGGGCGGCCUUUGGCCAGGUGCGUCCUGGUGGACAACUCCCCCAUAUCGGUGGCGCUCAACCCCGACAACGGCAUCCUCAUCCCCGAGCUGGUUCGGCGACCCCGGCGACCGGGAGCUCGCCGACCUGCUGAGCACCCUCGAGGUGUACCGCGCCAGCGGCCGGGACGCCGACCGGGCUUGGCCUUCGCCUGCCGCUACGGGCUCCGCGACUUCUUCGGGGCCCUGCGCUCGGCCGUGCCGCCGCGGCCGCCGGCUCCGCCGGGGCCGUGGCCUCUCGAGGCUCCGCGGCCCUGAGGCCCUCGGCCGGCGCACCCCUGCCGGCCGCCGCGAGGAGGAGGAGGAGGAGAUGAAUGUUUGUCCACCGCCGGAGGAUGCCUCGGAAAUCCUGGGGACAUCGUGGGCCGGAGGCACUCCUUGCGGCACCGGGCAGUAGUCUGAGAUCUUGCAGCGCGCUUGCUGAUGUUGCAGCGGGUCCACUAAGUGCGCAGCUCCGCUGCUGCACGUCUGCCCCGGAGGCAAGAACCUCCAUCAGUGUGUAGUCCGCGGCUCGGAGACUGCAGCCGAAGAAGACACAGCGUCAUGAACCACAUUUCGAAGCCCCGCGCGGAUUUCUCGGGUCAGCGCCAGGCCCCCACGGAAGCGCCUCCGGCGCCGCCCUGGGCACGCUCCGCGCGCCAGGGAGGGGGUUCCAGCGCCGAUCCAAGAGAUGCGCGCGGAGUUCCGAAAGUUUAUGUCUGUGCAGAUGUUUCUUCUGUUCUGUCCUGGAGGCCAGAGCCUCCAUGAAGAGAGUCCGCCGCCGAGAGGCUGUAGCCCUCACGCUGGCAGAGCUGUUCGGUUCCAGGGGCCCGCGACCGGAGAGUCGUGGUGCAAAUUCGUAGAGGCACGCAUGGCGUGGACAUCGGCCGAUGUUCUCACAUCGGAUUGCUGAGCUGCGCGACGCCGGGGAAGAGAGGCGGAG